ACAGAGGGAAGAAAGAAAAAAAAGAGAGAGAGAGGCAGGAAAAGUUUUUUUUCAGAGGAAAAUGCAGGGUUUGUCCUUAACCCUGACGUCAGAUCUUGCUUUAAUAAAACCCCCCAAGAGCCGCGGGGAGAGGCGUAUCUGGCGCUCCUGAUGGGCCGGGUCAGUCUCGGCCCCGCUCCCCCGAGAGGUGGCUGGAUCCUCUGGGCUGCUCCGUAGAUGCCUUUGCCACUGACUUCCAGGCAUGAGGUGGCUCCUGCCCUGGACGCUGGCAGCAGUGACAGCAGCAGUGGGCAGCGCCCUGGCCACGGCCCUCUCUCCAGCCCCCACGGCCAUGGCCUCCACUCCGGCACCACUGGAGGACACAUCUUCACGCCCCCAGUUCUGCAAGUGGCCGUGUGAGUGCCCGCCGUCCCCGCCCCGCUGCCCGCUGGGGGUCAGCCUCAUCACAGAUGGCUGUGAAUGCUGUAAGAUGUGCGCUCAGCAGCUGGGGGACAACUGCACGGAGGCUGCCAUCUGUGACCCCCACCGUGGCCUUUACUGCGACUACAGUGGGGACCGCCCGAGGUACGCAGUAGGAGUGUGUGCACAGGUGGUCGGCGUGGGCUGCGUCCUGGACGGAGUGCGCUACGGCAACGGCCAGUCCUUCCAGCCCAGCUGCAAGUACAACUGCACGUGCGUGGACGGCGCGGUGGGCUGCACGCCGCUGUGCCUGCGGGCGCGCCCCCCGCGCCUCUGGUGCCGCCGCCCGCGCCCGGUGCGCGUGCCGGGCCGCUGCUGCGAGCAGUGGCUGUGCGACGACCACGACGCCAGGAGGCCUCGCAAGACGGCGCCGCGCCACACGGGUGCCUUCGUGGCCGCAGGUGAGGUAGAGCCCUGGCACAGGAACUGCAUAUCCUACACCAGCCCCUGGAGCCCCUGUUCCACCAGCUGCGGCCUGGGGGUCUCCACUCGGAUCUCCAACGUCAACGCCCGGUGCUGGCCUGAGCAGGAGAGCCGCCUUUGCAACCUGCGGCCGUGUGAUGUGGACCUCCAGCCACACAUUAAGGAAGGGAAGAAGUGUUUGGCUGUGUACCAGCCGGAAGCGCCCGUGAACUUUACGCUCGCCGGCUGUGUCAGCGCACGCUCCUACCGGCCCAAGUACUGUGGGGUCUGCACAGACAGCAGGUGCUGCAUCCCCUACAAGUCCAAGACCAUCGACAUCUCCUUCCAAUGCCCCGAUGGGCCUGGCUUCUCCCGCCAGGCCUUGUGGAUCAACGCUUGCUUCUGCAACCUGAGUUGUACGAAUCCCAACGAUAUUUUUGCCGACUUGGACUCCUACCCUGACUUCUCAGAAAUUGCCAAUUAGGCAGGGACAAAACACGGGCUUGAGACCUGGCCCAGUGCUUGCAAAGCAGCCAGCCUUCUGAGGCCCUCACUGAGCCUUCUUUUGUCCACCUCCCACUCAUUUCUAAUUACCCUGAUCCAGACCCGUGGGCCCCUUUCCUGUCUCCAGCCACCCAAAGCACCCAUUAUAUUAUGGUGCUGCUGAGGCCCAGACCGUGGGUCCUCUCCUCGGCAGCAUUCUCCAUACCCUUCAAAGAAAGUGGCUGUCUCCAGCUGUUCUGGACAGUACCCAAGCUGGAUCCGGCCCAUCCAAGUCUCUGCAAGUCCUCCUGGAUCUUGCCCAAGUCCCAAGGAACAGGAUCAGCUAGACAUUCAGUAUCACUCGUUCCCUCUUUAGAUGCCAGGCCACUAGGCUCCUUGGGUCCAUUCAGAAGGACAGAUGGGGUUUAGGACAGCAGAACGGUCCAUUAUUUGCCAAGCAGCACUCUAACAGACAGUGCUGACUGCAGCACACCAAAGUGUCUCUCAUUCCAAAGAUUUGUGCAUCCUAAGGUCCCCAGGCACAUGCCAAGUGAGGUGAAUGGUUGUUUGGUUUUGUUUUUUAGUGGAAAAUUGUAUUCAUUAAUCUGGGCAUUGUUGAAGUUAAGUUUCUCUUCACCCUUACACUGUGAAGGGUGUAAAUUGGGUUCAUCCCAGUCAGAAAGGCAACUCGAGAAACUUCAUUCUUAUUCCUGGGAAAAGCUCCCAGUCAAUACUCCAGGGUCAGAGCAAGGCCAGUUUUCAGAAGGAGCGAUUGAACUCAGCGCUGGAUCUGCCGCUCGUGGACAGGGCGUUGGGCAACUAGCCAGGCUCUUCCUCACAUCUGGCCCCUCUCCCUGCUUGGGGGCUCGUGGGAGUUGGUGGAGUCCCCUGGGAUGAUGUCUCUGACUCCUAUGACAUUUCUCUGCUUUUGGGGAGUCUUGGGAGAGGCCAGACCUGCCUGCAAUGAUGGAGACAGGUCCAGGUGAGGUUGAAUUAAACCAAGAAGUGGGUCUCUUUCUGCCUCAGUGACCCAUUUCACAGACUGUGGGUCUGCUGACCCAAACAACCCAGUUCUGGUGUGAAGACAGAGGUUUACCAGUUGUUCUGAAACAGAAUUUUAUUUAACAGGGAUGAAAAGCCAAAAGGGUUUGAAGCUAAAAGGAAGAGAAAGUUGUUAUUAAUGGAAAUGAGGCUGUUAUUUAUUUUAUUAGUAACGCAUAGGUACUUACGGCCGGAGUUCUCUUAUUUAAUACCUUCUGCACAUCAGAUGUUGUUCUCAGCGCUUCACAUACGCCAUUACCCUAGCUCAUGGGAACUUCGAGGUCAUGUUGAAAAGUGUCUGUUGUUAUUUCUGUUCUUACAAAUGUGAAAUGGAAGCUCAGAAAGAUAAGGGAGCUUGACUAAAGACACCCAGCGGGUCAGUGGGGGAGUUAGUCCAAGUCAGGCUGACUCUGUAACCCAUAUUUCCCCCCUAUUUUUAGAGCUUCCAAAUGUGUCUGAGCAGGAAAACAUGCUGGGCUGAGCGACUUCUCGCUGUCGUUGUUGGCUCUUAUUCCUGUCUUUCUAGCUCCUUUCCCAAGACAAGAGAGUGUCUGAUUAUUUAGGUCCCUACUCACCAAACAAAAUAUGGGAUUAAACAAAAAUCCAUGAACCCCCAGCACAUCGUCCCCUCCUUCCGAGCAGAACCAGCUCUCAUCACACAUUUAAAAGGAUGAUUUUGUUUAUCCAGGGCUGCAGACCCAGUGAAGCUGCAGUUACCCAUGAGGGAGCUCUGGGUGGUGUGCGGAGGGAUUUCUAGACAGGGAACAAGGACUGAGAAUGUGCUCGCCUUACUGUGACCUCCUGAAUGCCCAGUGCAAGGCAUACAGUGGUGCUUAAUAUGUAUCUGAUGAAUAAAGGAAAUUGUAUGUGUU